AUGUCUGAAGCUACAGUUACUAGCAUCACAUGUUCGAUCCCCGGUGUCGUGGUGUCGCUCAGCCGUCAGUCAGCUGACAGUCAGCUGACCUCCACCAGGAGCGAGGCCUUCUUCUGCACCAUCACACCUCCGUGUGGGACCUUCACUGACUCAGCAGAUUCAUGGAAGCUGCUGGAGCUCAGAGGUCCUGAGGUGAAGAAUCACAGAACAGCUCAGGAGACAAAGCACCGAUGUGUGGAGUCGGCCAAAAUACGCAGCAAAUAUCCCGACAGAGUACCGGUGAUAGUGGAGAAGGUCUCCGGCUCUCAGAUCGUGGACAUCGAUAAGAGGAAGUACCUGGUGCCCUCUGACAUCACAGUGGCCCAGUUCAUGUGGAUCAUCAGGAAACGCAUCCAGCUGCCUUCAGAGAAAGCCAUCUUCCUCUUCGUCGACAAAACCGUGCCCCAGUCCAGUCUGACCAUGGGCCAGCUCUACGACAAGGAAAAGGACGAGGACGGUUUCCUGUACGUGGCCUACAGCGGAGAGAACACCUUCGGUUACAACAACUUUCACACAACACGUGGUUAAUGCUCAUCUGAACACCAGUCUCACACACACACACACACACACACACACACACACACACACACACACACACACACACACACACACACACACACACACACACACACACACAACACACACACACACACACACACACACACAGCAGGGCCCGACGCAGGUCUUUACAAGUGUCAUGUAGAUAACGCACGUACACUAACGGCAAUCUGCAUUUAUGGAAAAUGUUUUGAUACCACACACACACACACACACACACACACAAUAUGAUGCAACAUAUGAUGCUACAACAUGUCAUUUUUUCGAAGGCCCAGAUCAAUUAAUGGUUUAACUGUUUAAAGGAGAGAAAUAUCUUUAACACUGCCAUGACAUAAAAUAAGAAUAAUCACCACACAUAAUGAGCACAUCACUCCUCAUUAGUUUUAUUAACGUCAUCAGUGUCGGACUCAAAUAAAAGAACACGCACACGCAUCAUCACACACGACACGAUGUUGAGAGAAAUCCUGUGAUCAUAUAUUCAAUCAGUCAUUAAUCUCAUUAUGGAUGUAUUUAUAUUUCAUGUAUUAAGACUUAGAUAUUUAACUCAACACGUCCACUCCAGCGCCUAUAAGCAUGUGACAGGGGGCGGAGCCGGCUGCUGGCGUGGUGACUGAGGGGGCGGGGCUGUAAAGUGGCGAGGAGGCAGCGGGUGUAGAGCGUGUGUUCCGCUCAGGGUGUUGCUAACAUUAGACUCCACCCAGGAUUCAGACCUGUGACGCCAACAUGUACCCGAGUGAACCGCUAAUGAACUCCCAACACAAGGUUAUUUUUAAGUUGAUUUAAAUUUGAUGCAUGUUCUGUAUUUAACCUUGAGCAGUUUUCUGUUGCUGCCUUGAUGGAGUUAAAGGUCAAAGGUCAAAGUUCAUCAACUUGAAAACCCAUCAGUGGUCCAGUGACUCACUAUGUUGCACUGGAAGAGAACCAGAACAACUGUUUACACCCCACUGAGACACAAACACGAGGCAGCUGCGUGUUGUCUGAGCUGUGACACACACACACACACACACACACACACACACACAUCAAACAGGUGCAUGACAACAACAUCACGAGCUUUGUUAUCCUGAGGUUUUUACCAGAUACACAACGUUCAACCCUGUCGCUGCAGAUUUAAGAGUUGAACAUGUUUGUGAAUAAAAUCACCGGAGGCAGAUUUAUCCUGUGCAGAGUUUGAAUCCCAUGAAAACCAAAAGCCACGUCCAGUGUUCCCAGUGCAGUGCUGCUCGGGUCUUUGGCCUGAAACCAGAAAGCAUCUUCUCUCUCUCUCUGGAUGAAUCUGUCGCUGGCGUUCUGACCACAGCUGAAGCUUCUGGUUCUGAAUCAGAGCGACACACCUGCCGGUCCACAAGGCUGCCUCUAGAUGCUCUGUACAAGUGCAAUAUAAUGAUGAUGGAAUGCUAUGAUAUGGAGGAUUGUUUUGUUUCAUCUGUGUUGUAUGAUCGUUAAAUAUAUUUAAAAAUGAAAAGUAGCAGAGUUUUAGAUAUUUGAAAAAGGUGAGGCAGCUGGAAGACCUGACCAAUAAAAGUCAAAACAAAAUGAAA